GAACAGGACUCAUGCGACCGAACUUCAGCUUCUCACCCCUCUGACGUUCCGCCUCCACGAACACAAGCACCUCGAUUCCCGCUUAAGCCCUCGAACGUAGAGACUGAAAUUUCUCCAGCUUCCACGGGAACCACUAUCUUGACUAGUUUCCUCGUUCUCCUGCCGCAGAAUACCAUACACCAGUUACCGAAAUGUCUCAAUCAGGCGAUGGCAAUUUCGCGGUCGACGACAAACUUGAUGCCUUCACUUUGUACCAUAUUGUACAGCAAAAGGCCGGCAAGGAGUCCAGCUUCAAUGGCGGUCCAGCUCUACCUGCGCUCGGCCAUGCGGUCGCGGGUGGUAUAGCGUCAGCGCUGGCCAAGGCCGUGGUUUAUCCCAUCGACACCGUUACCACGAGACUGCAAGUCCAGAAGCAGUUGAAGGGCGACAAAGAAGCACCGUCUGCUGCGAGUGGCGCUAAUCUAGAGUACGCCGGACCUCUUGACGCUGCGGUGAAGAUCUACAACAACGAAGGCGGAUUGCCGGCGUUCUACACUGGCCUCUCUUCCGAUGUGGUCAAGACCAUAGUCGACUCCUUCCUCUUCUUCCUGGCAUACGGUGCAGCACACGAGCACAUGCUCAAGCGCCAGGGCGGCAAGCAACUCACAGUAAUGAAGGAGCUGAGUGUCGGUGUCGUGGCUGGAGCGCUAUCUAAGGCCGUCACUACACCCAUUGGCAAUAUUGUGACCCGCCAGCAGACUGCGGCUCUUGUUGCGGCUCGGGAUCCCACAUCUGCGCACGAUGGACCCAGUGUACGGGCCAUCGCACGCCGCAUUCGAUCCGAAAAAGGCUUCGCUGGGUUCUGGUCUGGAUACAGUGCCCAGCUCGUCCUGACCGUAAAUCCUGCCAUCACAUUUGCUGUUGAUAAUCUUUUGCGCAAGCUUAUCCCUCGGUCGCAACGAGACAGCCCCAGCUCACGAGUGGUCUUUCUUGUGGCCGCAAUGUCGAAAGUCAUCGCCACGGCCAUCACUUAUCCCGUGAUGCUCGCAAAGGCCAGAGCGCAAGCUACCACAGGCAAAGACUACGCUCGACCGGAAGAUCACAUCUACAACGCGGAUCAAAAGAAGACUCGACUUCAGAAAGCUCUGCGCCGAAUCUUGCGUCUGUUUGAAGGCCAGCUGGCGUUGUACCAGUCUCUGCGCAGGAUACAUCGCACUGAGGGUGUCGCUGGACUGUACUCCGGAUUGCAAGGCGAGCUGGUCAAGGGCUUCUUGCAGCAUGGCCUGACCAUGACGAUCAAAGACAACGUCAUGAGCGGGGUCAUUCAGCUAUACUACUUCCUCUUGAAGUUGACGAAGCGCUGGCCG